AUUAAAAUAAAUUAUUGAAAAUGUAUAUAAACUUUUUUUUAAUUAUAUGAAAAUAAAUUUUUUAAUUGAAACGAAAUUUAAAAUUAAAGAUCAAUAAUUAAAAAAUGUAUAACGAUAUAUAGUUUUUUAUUAAUAUAUAAUAAAAAUGUAUAAGCGCGCGACAACGCGAAUAAAAUUUCUCAUGCGCACAUAUAUGUAUACAUUAAAUAUAAAUGUAUGUAUGUAUGUAAUGUAUAUUGCCGACAGUUAUAGAUAUAUAAAAUAUAUAAAGAUAUAUGUAUUAUACUACUACUAUGAUUUUAAAAAUCGACGAAUGCUAUUAUAUAUUUUGUAUUGAGCACUCGUUUUGGGGGAGACGCCGACGCCCGGCGCCGACGUACUUUUUAAAGCGUCGAGACCGCGUCAGAGUAAUCUCACCAAUCUCGUGGUCCAUAACACGAUAAUAACAAUAUAUAUUUAUAAAAAUAAGGUCCCGAGAGUCGAGACCUGAAUAAAUAAAACUAAAAAUACUAUUUUUUUAUUUUUUCACCAAAGAAAAUUUUAAAUUUUAAUUUAGUUUUUUUUAUUUUCAAAAUUCGUGUUCACGCGCGCUUAUCACUGAUUACAAAAAUUAUUAGUUAUCAUCAUAGUUAUGAUUAGUUAUGAUAAUUAAUUUUUCGUGUAAUUAAAUUAAUUUAUUUUAUUAAUAAAAAUAAUAAUAAAUAUUAUUGUCGAGUAAAAUUAAAUAUAAAUAAAAAUGCGUGAGCGUAAGGUCGACGACACUAGCGGCAAAAUAUCAACGAGGGAAAUUCAUUUUUAAUUAUAUCGAUGAUCUCUCAUUAUAUUUUGUUAUUAAUUAAUUUUUUAUUAAAUAUUUAAACAAAAAAAAAUUACAUAAUUAAUAAAGAAUUGGAAUAAGAAUAAUAAUUAAGUAAAUCAAUUGAUAAAUUAUUUAAAAAAAUUAAUUGAGAUGAAUGUAAACGCAUGUUGUGAUUUAAAUCAAGAUGAAUUACAGUGUAGAAUAUGUGCUGAAUAUAUAAGUGAUAAAAAUGACAGGAUAAAUAUAUUUGACGAAGAUGCUAAAUGUAAUCAUCUUCAAACAAAGAUACGUAAAUAUCUCUACAUAUUGGUAUCAUCGGAAGAUAGAUUACCGAAAAUUGUAUGCACGAUGUGCAUUAAACGACUGGAAAAUAUUCAUCGCUUUGUUACUCUGUCACAUCGUGCACAGGACAAACUUAAAGUACAGUAUUAUGGGAGAGAUAAUGGAGAUAUUAAGCAGAUAAAUGAUAACGAUGAUGACAAAGGAGACAAAGGAUUACUCCGGUCUAUUCUUAAUAAGAAUGAAGAUACUGAAGGAUUAUCAGAUUUGUCGUCAAGACCAAUUGAAGACGGGUCAAUAUUGACUGAAGAAAUGGAGGUCAAAGUUGACCCGAUGAUUUUUCUUCAGUAUGGUCUAGAUCGUUCUAUCACACCAGAGUCGGAUUUUAAUUCUGAUGAUGACAGAAGUUACACCAAAGAUAGUCUAAGUACAAAUGAAGAGCCAAGUAAAUAUUCGACUCAAAAGUUGAAUGAAGAAGAAGAACAAGAGGAAGAAGAGCAAAAUGAGUCAUUAAACAAACAAUUUAAUUGUACGUUGUGUUCACGUGGGUUUGAAAGCCAAAUAAAUUUACAAAAUCAUCUGUGGUCUCAUUUACCGCGCGCAGAGUCUCACUGCGAUGACCCAAAAUCCAUUUCGUCGGCGCUUAAUAAUAUAAAUAACAACAAUCCAAACAAUGGGAUCUUGAUGCCCAACACAUCUGAGAAUUCAUCAGGUAGUUUCAUCUGUCCAAUUUGUAAUAAGAAAAUAUCCACAAAAGGAAAUCUAAAAGUACAUUUAGAAACCCAUCGGCCUAAAGGAAAAUACGGCUGCGAUAUCUGCGGCCGGAUAUUCAAAACCCAGUCAAAUCUUUAUCGGCAUAAAGAGUAUCAUGGUGGGAUACAAUUUCCGUGUAGUGUUUGCGGCAGAGUUUACCCGACAAAUUCAACUCUGCGUGCUCACAGCAUAACUCACUCAGAUUUGCGUCCACAUGCCUGUCCUCUGUGUGAUAAAACAUUUAAACGUAAUCAGGACCUAAAGUUUCACAUUAAUCAGCAUACUGGAGCACGACCUUAUCAGUGCCCGUAUUGCCCCAAAGCGUUCGCCAGCUCCGGUAACUGUUUUUCUCACCGGAAGCGAAUGCAUCCCAAGGAAGUACAUCGUGAUAGACAACGUGCUGCUGAUCUUAUGAGAUAAGUUUUGUUAUUUAUUUAUAAUUUAGUUAUCGAAUUAUAUAACAAAAUUCAUUAUUUUAUAGAUAAAUAAAUUUUUUAAAUGUGAGUCUAAAGACAAAUUAUAUUUUUUAGUAAUAUUAGAGUACGAGAGAUUAUUUAGCAGAUUAAAAUUAUUUGUUUUUAUUUCAAGUAUAAGAGGGACAAUAAUUAUUAAUUAAAUAAAUGAUAUAUAUUUUGUUGUAUUGUUUAUUAUUAUUAAUUAGAAUACUUUGUUGUUAAUUUAUUAUUAAAUUAUUUUAAUUUGUUAAAUAAUCUCUGAUAAUAUCGCGCACUAUGAAACCCUUUAAUAUAUAAACGUUUAUUAUUGUAUUAUAAAUAUUAAAUAAAAUAUAGUAGGUCUGUGAUAAAAUUGGGGUCUUCGUAGAUACGCGAAUCGCAUAAAUAAAUUGCCAAAGAAAAUAGUUUUUAAAAAUAAUAAUAAUAAUUGAGGUAUUAUUUGUUGUUAAAUUUAUUUGUUGACUGCACAAUAUUUUGAACUGUAAUCUAGAAACACGUGAAUAAAAAUAUAUAUGUUUAGUUUAGUAACAAAUGGUAUUAAAUUAUAAAUAAUUGCCAAUGUAAACAAUAUAAAGACUGUAAAAAUUUCAAGUGUCAAAUUAGAGUUUCCUGGUUGGUUUUUUUUUAUAUUUAUUUAUUUAUUUACAACGUUACUACCGAUUAGUUUUAAAC